UUUACAUUCACAUUUGCUUUACUAACAAACUCUCUUUCUUCUCGUUAAAUUUGUCUCUCCCUCACUCUUUGAUCAUUACCAAGACUGGUGUCUCGUAUUGGUUUCACUUCUUCUCUCACAUUUUGCUCCCAUAAACUUCACCCUGUUUCAUUUCAUCUCUGCCUCUGUAUACUGCUUCUGCUGAGUUUUCUGUAUGGAAAAGACCAUGGAUAGAGAGCUAAAGAAUCUCAUCAGUGAACUGAUCCAAGGAAAGGAGCUAACCAAGCAGCUCAGAAACCAUCUUAACCUUUCUUCCUCUCCCAAAACUCGACAACUUUUAAUCCAGAAAAUUAUCUCCACCUAUGAGAAAGCGCUUUCAGUGUUAAACUCUGGUGCUUCUCCAGUUGAGCUUAAGCUCAACAAUAACGUUACAAUUUCAGAAUCGCCAUGUUCCUUUCCCAACUGUAGCCCGACAAGUGAGGCUGUUGAUCAAGAUUGCAAAGAUCAAUGCCACAGCAAAGAUGUCUAUAAGAAGAGAAAGACAAUGUCCCAGUGGACUGAACAAGUAAAGGUUUGCUCCGAGGCAGGAUUCGAAGGGCCUCUUGAUGAUGGUUUCAGCUGGAGAAAAUACGGACAGAAGGAAAUUCUUGGUGCUAUUUAUCCCAGAGGGUAUUAUAGAUGCACUCAUCGACAUGCACAAGGUUGCUUGGCCACAAAAUUAGUUCAAAGAUCAGACGAAGACCCUACCAUCUUUGAGGUGACCUAUCGAGGAAGGCAUACCUGCAGCCAAAACACCCAUUUUGUUAAGGCCUCUGCUUCAUCAACAAAGGAAGGGGCCAAGUAUAAACAGAGUCGUCAUCAUGACCGACAGGAACCUGAAGUAAAAGAGUCACAAGAAUUGAUCAUCAGUUUUGGAACUUCAGAGCUCGAAGGGAAGACUGAGGACUUGGACAACAAGGAGGAAAUAUUUCCUUCAUUCUCAUUUCCACAAACAUCAAUCACUGAAGAUGACAAUAUGGAGCACAAUAUUUUCACAGAGUCCACGAUGGAAAUGGAAAUCAAUUUCAUGCGUAGUUUUUCUCCAUCUUUUUUAUUGCCCACAGAUUCUGAAUCCAAGUAUUUCUCAGUGUCACCAUGCCAUAUGAACAACAGCGUUGGAUUAGAACAAACUGUGCAUACUCCAGAAUCUGGAGUUUCAACCCCAAAUUCACCAAUUGGGGAUUUUGAUUUCUCACUUGUUAAGGUGGAUUUGGACCCAAAUUUCCCCAUGGACAACCUAGACUACUUCUCAUAAUGCGUUAUCUUUUUUUUUUUUUUUGGGUUCAUCCCGGCCAGUUAAAAGUGAGAACGAGACUUGCAACUGAUCCUAGCCAGCGUUGGAAAGAUUUGCUGCGCAAGAGAAUUUUCUUUUACUUGGGAGUUGAUUUUUUUUUUUUUUUUCCAUCUUUCCUUCACUAUCCAUUGUAAUUUUUGUUGAUCGACAUGGAUUUUAUUUGCAGGUUCCAGAAAUCUAGGCAAGAAAUUGCAAUCUUGUACUAUGUAAGAUUUUCUUAUUUUUGAUGUAGUGAUAUAUAUUUUUAAUAACAAAAAUAAUAUUCUUUAGCAUAA